UUCCAUUAAAACAAAAUAAUGACCUAAAGAACCCAUAUACAACUCCUAAACCUGUAAAUAUUACUUCCAAACAGCCAAUUAACAAACUAAAUCACCCUCCUACUUUUCAGUCUAACAAACCCAAGCAACCAUUUAACAACAAGAGUGAAGAAACCUUGAAUGCAAGUAUCCAUGUUCACAGUUCUUGGGCAGAUGACUAUGAUUAUAAUUAUAAUUACCAUCGUUCUAAUGACAACAAUGAUCAAAACGAACAGUCUGAUAUGCUAACCAAAAUUUCCAACCAACUUGAAACCAUUGCAAGCCA